AUAAAUAUACCUCGGAAGUGACGUGGAUUGAACGCACCGUAGCGGGAGCAACACCGCCAUCUAACAAUUUACUUUUCUGUUACCCAAAAUUUCCAACUCCAUUUCUCUGAAUUGGCGAUACCAAUUGGAGCACAUCGCCACCCACUUCUUCUUCUUCUUCUUCACUCUGACUCUUCUUUACAACCCCACUUCUUUCCCUAGAUUCCUCAUUCAAUUCAUAAUCCUCACAACAACGCAGGGAUGUAUUGAGCCUCUGCGUUUGAGAUCUGAUCAUUUAAUCUAUCUAUAACUAUAACCCAUCAUUUCCUUUCUUCACAUCAUGGGGAUUUUGUUUACUCGAAUGUUUUCUUCGCUUUUUGGAAAUAAGGAAGCUCGGAUCCUUGUUCUUGGUCUCGAUAAUGCUGGCAAAACUACAAUUCUCUAUCGGCUUCAGAUGGGGGAGGUUGUCUCCACUAUUCCAACAAUUGGGUUUAAUGUUGAAACUGUUCAGUACAAUAAUAUCAAAUUCCAGGUCUGGGAUCUUGGAGGACAGACUAGUAUCAGACCAUACUGGAGAUGCUAUUUUCCAAAUACGCAAGCUAUAAUCUAUGUGGUUGAUUCAAGUGAUACUGAUAGGUUGGUGGUAGCAAGAGAGGAGUUUCAUGCAAUACUUGAGGAAGAAGAGUUGCGGGGUGCAGUUGCCUUAGUUUUUGCAAAUAAGCAGGAUCUUCCAGGUGCACUUGAUGAUGCUGCAGUCACAGAGGCUUUAGAGUUGCACAAGAUUAAGAACCGCCAAUGGGCUAUAUUUAAAGCCUCCGCUAUAAAAGGAGAGGGUCUUUUUGAGGGAUUGGAUUGGUUAAGUAACACCCUGAAGUCUGGAGGUGGCUAAUUCUUAGCAGCCAAAAAAGAAUAUUUGAGGCACCCAGUUGGAGAAUACAGUGUUUAAGCGUUAUAACUUGCAGAAGAGAACUCAUUUGCCGAUUGAUUUCGCCAGUUUUACUUUGUUUUCUUAGUCACAAUUUUUCUUAAAGGGAACGAACUAUUGGUAUACAUGUAAAAUUACUUUCAUUAAAGAUGGUGACCACUGAGUUUUCACCGACUUUUUUUUUUUGUUUCCCAUCUUUAAUUGCUGUGGUUUGAAGCAUAUUUGUUAGCGUUACAUCAUUUCUGUAUCAGGGAUUGUCUAAAGAUUGAACUUUAAUCACUAUUCCCUUGAAGAGGAUAUUCUACUCUGAAGCGUUGAAUGACCCACUGUCUUUACCUUGUUGAUGAAA